AUGCAAUUUUUCUUCCAAUUAAGAGGGCUUAUCCGCGCAUUUCCUUCUAAGCCACAAAUCUAUCUAUCUAUCUAUCUAUCUAUCUAUCUAUCUAUCUAUCUAUCUAUCUAUCUCGAUGUUUCAUUAACAUUCUAUCUAUCUAUCUAUCUAUCUAUCUAUCUAUCUAUCUAUCUAUCUAUCCCAGUCUGUCCAAACCUAUUUAUCUUAACCAGCCCAGAUCUAUCUAUCUAUCCCAAUCUGUCCAAACCUAUUUAUCUUAGCCUGUCCAGAUCUAUCUAUCUAUCUAUCUAUCUAUCUAUCUAUCUAUCUAUCCCAGUCUUUCGAAACCUAUUUAUCUUAGCCAGCCCAGAUCUAUCUAUCUAUCUAUCUAUCUAUCUAUCUAUCUAUCUAUCUAUCUAUCCCAGUCUUUCGAAACCUAUUUAUCUUAGCCAGCCCAGAUCUAUCUAUCUAUCUAUCUAUCUAUCUAUCUAUCUAUCUAUCUAUCUAUCUAUCUAUCUAUCUAUCUAUCCCAAUCUGUCCAAACCUAUUUAUCUUAGCCUGUCCAGAUCUAUCUAUCUAUCUAUCUAUCUAUCUAUCUAUCUAUCUAUCUAUCUUACCUAG